CAUUGAUCUGAGGCUGUUAAACCGCGGCUAUUGAUUCAGAAUACCAAGUUACAGAUCUAUGUGCGUCACGUGACCCCAAUUAAUGAUUAUUCAAAUCAGAUGAACCAAUAUAUUUGAAUAUUUUCUCCAUAAAAGUUUAUUGAGAGCAGAUUUGGGGAGAAAGCUAGGGAUACUCUGUUAAAGCAGUCUUAUCAUACAGGACUCGCUGGACAAAGAGAGAAGGUCCUAAAGUGUUGUGAAGGAGAGGAUUCAGUGGAUGACAGAGAAUCCGCAAAUUUUGUUGACUAUAUUCAAGGUACUGUACUCAGUUUCCAAGGAUUUUAAUUCUAAAUUUGAAAAUGGAAUAUGUACUGGAUUUGGUCCGAGAGAAAUUUAGUCGCUUUCUACAGAUUAUGAAUGAUAGGAUUAAUGACCCUACUCAGCAGAGGCGCCUUGUUCUCAUUAUUGUGUGUAUAGCUUUGCUUUUGGAUAAUAUGCUUUUCAUGGUCAUUGUACCGAUUGUUCCUCUUUAUUUGGAUAAAUACUUUGAGGAUGAGGAGGUUCCAACAAGAAGUCGCACUGGAAACGAUUCUGCGCUGUACAACAACACUGAUUUUUUCAGUAACAGUUCUUUCACCAACAUAACAACAACUUUUCCAACGACAACGAAAAAACCAUUAGCUUAUGCCGAAGGAGGAGGCGCUAUUGGUGUCCUUUUCGCAUCAAAAGCAAUCGUACAACUUUUCAUUAAUCCAUUUACUGGGGCUUUAAUCGAUAGAAUAGGAUAUGAUCGACCACUAAUGAUUGGAUUAUCUAUUAUGUUUUUCUCGACGAUUGCGUUUGCUUUUGGCGAAAGUUACGCUGUUCUGUUCGUAGCAAGAAGUUUACAAGGCGUUGGCUCUGCGUUUGCCGACACUUCAGGUCUUGCUAUGAUUGCCGAUAGAUUUAGAGACGACGCUGAACGAACAAAGGCUCUAGGAAUAGCCCAAGCCUUCAUAUCAUUUGGUUGUUUGGUUGCGCCUCCAUUUGGUGGUGUUCUUUUUGAGUUUGCUGGAAAGGUAGUUCCUUUUAUAUUUCUCUCUUGUCUGUGUUUAAUAGAUGGCAUUCUUCUCCUUUUUGUAAUGAAACCUAUGAGAAAGGAAAGGGAACUCUCUGAAGAAGGAUUAAAAGGAACCCCAAUAUAUCGGCUUUUGAUAGAUCCAUACAUCGCGGUGGCUGCAGGAGCUCUUGCAAUGUCCAAUGUGUCUCUUGCGUUUUUGGAACCUACGAUCGCCCUUUGGAUGCAAGGUACCAUGGAGGCAUCUGAAUGGGAGAUAGGAUUUGUUUGGCUCCCUGCUUUCUUACCAUAUAUCGGAGGCGUUUACUUAACGGUUAGACUCGCAAAAAACUAUCCAAAAUAUCAGUGGCUCAUCACUUCCGUGGGACUAAUCAUCGAAGGGACAUGCUGUCUGGCUAUUCCGUUUGCGAAACAAUUUUUUGUGGUACUAUUUCCAAUAAUGGGACUGUGUUUAGGUGUAGCCCUUGUUGAUACUGCUAUUUUACCCACAUUAGGCUACCUUGUUGAUCUUAGAUAUGUAUCAAUAUACGGAAGUGUUUAUGCUAUUGCCGACAUAUCAUAUUCCCUGGCUUAUGCUCUUGGUCCCGUAAUGGCUGGUCAGAUCGUACAGACGAUCGGGUUUCUUUGGCUUAAUGUUGCCAUAUUUCUCAGUAAUGUGCUAUAUGCCCCACUACUGUUGUGUCUGCGUACUAUAUAUCUUUACAAACCUGUAGAGGAUGAGCAGGACGUUCUCAUCGACGAUCCCCCUUCUAAACAGUACAACACCUAUAUACAAAAUGGAGGUUUCUCUAACGGACACCUAAAAGAAAUUGGAAAUAUAGCAGGACAGAAUCAUUUAAAAUGGGAAACAUUUGAAGAUAAUGACAUAGCCUUUGUGAAUCGCACAAAUGCAGAAAUGGACAGUUAUGAGCCGAAAGAAAAUGGCGCCUCAUUUUCCUUUUAUUACAAACGCUGAUCGUUUGAUAUAAUAAAAUUUCAUUUGAAUUAUAUAUUCUAUUCAAAAAAAAAAAAAAAAAAAAAAAAAGAAAAAAAGAAAAAAAAGAAAAUCGCCAAUGUAAGCAUAUUAGAUCAAGUUGUCGCCACCAAUGUAAAACAUGUACAUGCUUUUUAAAUAUAACAAAAGGCUUUAGAUUUACUUGUAAUUUUCUGUUAAAAAAUAAAAUAAUGUCUACACAAUAGAAAUAAAAUUGAAAAUGUAACCAAGAAGAUGGAUGUUCAUCUCUAUAAAACGCACCCCCCCCCAUAUAUUAUAAGCGUAAUAAUAUAUUCUGAUAAAAUAAUUUUGAAAACAA